GGAGGUGGGGAGAGAGAGAAAAGCCAAAAGCAAACACCCGCUUUUCCAGUUCCUCCAGAAGAGAGAGUGCCCACGCAAAUACAGAUAGAGAGAGAGGCGAAAGAAACAAUUCCCACAUCCCCAUUCCCCUGUUUCUAUAUUUUUCCUCUUUCUAUAAACCAUUGCCCAGCUAAAAAAGAGGAGGCAACAAGCCAACCCCUCUCCCUCCAAACCCUUCUCCGCCUUUCCUGUUCUGCCAGUCGGUUCUUCUCAUCCUUUGUGAGGAGGGGGAGAGAGAGAGGAAGAGAGAGAGAGUCUUGCUUGAAGCGUCAUAGCGAUUUCUCUUUCUUCGUCUACCCACCCUUUCAGCUUCUUUUGGUUUAUCUGAGACUUCAUCAGAUCCCUCAAUGUGGUCGCCGUGGGGAAAAUCCGGUCGACGGAGAUUACAGCCAAACACAUCCUUCUGUUUCUCCUCCUUCAAAGACGUCCAGGUCCUCUGCGAAGGCGAGGCCCCCCGCAAGGGCUCCCUCCUCCGCCGCAUCGACUCCUCCCCACUUCGAAUCUCUGCCUCUCUGCUCCGCUGCGACUCCCUCCCGGCCUCUGGUGUCCUAAAAUCUGAAGACGAUGCAAGCGAACACGGCGAAGCCAUCGGUUUGGAGAGAUGGGGUCUCCACCCGGACGCUCCAAAGGGGUCGGAGAAGAAGAUCGUCCUCUACUUCACGAGCCUGAGGGUCGUGAGGAAGACCUUCGAGGAUUGCCGGGCCGUCCGAUUCAUUCUGAAGGGCUUCCGAGUCCCGAUCGAUGAGCGAGACCUCUCGAUGGACGCCGGGUUCCUGAGGGAGCUGGAGACGAUACUGGGGAGGCGGCUCAGCCUUCCGAGGGUGUUCAUCGGCGGGAGGUACAUGGGAGGCGCGGAGGAGAUCCGGCAGCUGCACGAAUCCGGCGAGCUCAAGCGGUACCUCGAGGGCCUGCCGGAGGCCACCGACCUCUGCGAGUGCUGCGGGGGGCUGAGGUUCGUCCUCUGCUACGAGUGCGACGGCAGCCACAAGUGCUACAGCGAGAAGGGAGGGUUCAGAUCAUGCUCCAUCUGCAACGAGAACGGAUUGAUGAGGUGCCCCUCUUGUUGCUCCUAACUAAUCUGUGUGGAUCUUUCUUUUUGAGAUGAAACAGGAAAGGAAGAAUCACCACCGUUGUUUAUGAACAGAAGAAAUGAUUGUUACACCCCGUCACAGAUAGAUUUUAAUGAAAAUUUUGCUCUUUUCUUAGCUUUUCUUUUUCUUUUUCCCCUUUGGUGCAAGAAAUGGAAUCGGAGAACAGGGUGCCCAUUUCUCUUGUUAUUGGUUUGUUUAUUCCUUGCGUGGAAUUUUCAGCUUCAAGCUAGGAGAAAUACAAAAGAAAGACAAACUUCUCUUCA